UCAGCCUCAAAUGAGUACCUGGUGCAAGGUGUAAAUAUUGCCAGUCGGGAGACAAAGGCGGCCGGGCGUGGUGCCGGCCACCCACCCCCUCGUGUGCCGUUCCGGCCUUCAUAGGUGCUCGCUAACAGCACUUGCCCCAACGGUCUGUUAAGGCUAUACGGGGGAUCUUUGCCUUUGCAUGUGUGUGCGUGCCUCUCUGUGUGUGCGUGCCUCUCUGUGUGGGCAUGCCUCUUUGUGUGUGCGUGCCUCUCUGUGUGUGCGUGCCUCUGUGCGCGCGUGCCUCUGUGCGUGUGUCCGUCUGUGCACGUCCGUGUGUGUGUGUGUGCACGUGGCGAGCGAGCGAGGGAGCGCGUGGAUCUGUCGCUCCCCGCGGCGCGCGCCUGGCUGCGAACGCACUCGGGCGCGAGCGGGCAGGGCAGAUGGACGCUCGCGUCUCUCCGGCACUCAGCCCCAUCAGCCGCGUCUCAUCUCCCCCUCCCGUCGUCUCGUGGUUUCUCCAGCCUCUCCGCCACACCUUCAUCGCCGUCUCUCCUUCUGAGGCGUCGUCUGUCCCACUACAAAACCUCUCCAUCUCCCUGCACCUCCCCUUCUCUCGUUCCUUCUUAAUCUCAUCCGUCUACCCAUCUCUCUCUCUCCACUUUCUUACUUUCGCGUUUCUUUCUAACACCGCACUCGCGUUGAAACUCUCCCUUACCCUGCCGGCGGCGUCUUAGCAGCAGCAGUAUAGCCAGUCCAUCACACACUCGCGACCUCCUGUCUCUCGCUCUUCACGUCUCGCACGUGUGCGCUCUCUCCAACACGGAGCGGCGCAUCUCGCCUCCCGCAGCGAGCGAGAGGUUUAGAGGGAGCGAGCGAGCGCACGAGCGCGUGAGUGGAACGAGGAGCAGGAGGAGAAAGCGUCUACAAGAGACAGGAGAGAACUCGCCCUCCCGCCGGGCAGCACUGCGAAUGAACAGACGGAGACAGGACAAGGCACAGAGACAAACGCAGAGAGACACACAGAGAAGGAGAGAGAUAAAGAGAGCGUUGUGCGCGAGCCCUUGCCCAUGGAGGAGAGAGUGCCGACCAGUCCGGGGGCUCUCGGAGGCUCAUGGAACCUGAGCCGUCUCGACUUGGCCAUCAACGGAAGCUACCCGGGCAUGCAGGAGCACAUCGUGAGCGCCAUCGUCGUCCCCGUCAUCUUCUUCGUCAUCUUCCUGCUCGGCAUCGUGGGCAACUCGCUCGUCAUCCUCGUGCUCGUGCGCAUCAAGUUCGGCAAGUCGCACAGCAUCACCAACGUGUUCGUGCUCACCCUGAGCGUGGCCGACCUCACCUUCCUGUUCUUCUGCGUGCCCUCCGAGGCCACCUACUACUUCCUGCCCGACUGGGUGUUCGGAGCCUUCCUCUGCAAGGGCGUCCCCUACGUCUUCACCGCCUCGAUGCUCGUGAGCAUCUUCACGCUCGUGGCGAUGUCCGUGGAUCGCUACAUCGCCAUCGUGCACGCGCGGCGCGCCGCCGCGGUGCGCUCCGUGCGUCGCGCGCUCGGCGCCGUGAGCGCGCUGUGGCUGCUGUCCCUGGUGCUGGCCGUGCCCAGGGCUCACUACCACACCAUCGUGGUGUACAAGGAGCACGGCAACUUCUGCUGGGAGGUGUGGAGCCACAAGAAUCUCAAGAGCACCUACAGGGCCGUCAUCUUCUCGCUCGGAUACCUGCUGCCGCUCGUGCUCAUCAGCGCCUGCUACGCACGGGUGGUCUCCCACGUGCACAGAAAGAUCCAAAACACAUCAAAAAAAUCCAUCAUGUCCAAGAGAAAGACGGCGAAGACGGUGCUCGUGCUGGUCGUGGUGUUCCUCGUUUCGUGGCUGCCGCACCACGUCAUCCUCCUGUGGGUCGAGUUCGGCUCCUUCCCGCUCACCAACGCCUCCUUCGCCUUCCGCAUCGUGGCCCACUGCCUCUCGUACGGCAACUCGUGCGUCAACCCCUUCAUCUACGGCUUCCUGUCGCAGAACUUUCGCGAGGCCUACCGCCAGCUGCUGCGCUGUGAGGGCCGCGCGGUCGGCGGAGGAGGAGGCGGCGGCGGCGGCGGUGGUGGAGGAGGAAUCAUCGGAGGGGUCGGAGGCGUUCCGCGCGUGUCCGUGACGGCGCGCUCCGUGCAUUACCGCAACGAGCACACGUCCGGGGGAACGCUGUCACUCACCUGCCUCUAGACCCCCCCACCAGCCCGCCCGCCACUGCUCAGCUCCACUGAUAUCCUCACCACCAUCCUCUCCCCCUCCACUUCCCACCCCCAUCGUGUCUCAGCUGCCAUCGCUCCACCGUGAAGGAGGCUGCGGCGGCAGAAUGAACGUGGGCAGAAUUAACAAAUUGCGAUUGGGGUGUUUUGUUUUUCUUCAGCUCGGGUUGUAAGUGCGUUGUUCGUCUCUUCUUUGGUCACUUUCUCACUGGUCUCACAAUGGCGCUGUCAGUGCUACGAUGUGAGACGGAUCGAACGCUCGGUGCGUGUGUUCGAGAAUGGCACCGUGGAAUGAGACAUUGUAGAACUGCUUCUGGAAAUCCUCACAAGUGACCUCUCUUUUAAACAAUCUCUGCUACCACAGCAACGCCAGUCACGUGGCAAUCAAACUGACAUGAUUAAAUUGUCAGAGCUGGGCGUUGAGCCAAAUUAAGUAAAACAAAAUCAAACAUAACGUGAUGUGUUUGUGAAGUCAUUGGUGACCAGCCUUUAGACCACCAUCUCACUACACUCGUGAACCCAUUUUAAUCACGGAUAGCUGAAACCCGGAUUCACACCCUAGGAUCUCAGCGGUAUCCUCUGAGCAUUCUCUCUCACUCCUGAAGGUUGCUCUUGGGACGGACUUGGCCCAGACAUUGGGAUGUGUAAUUGUGUUUCAGUGGCCGUGGGUGUCCCGACUUGAUGCGGCAGGAUAAUCGAAUGCCUCCACUUUCAAGAGUAUGGAACAAAAGCUGGAAAGUGUUCAGGGAAGCAUGGAGGGGACACGUGCCUGGAAAUACUCCGAGGGACAGGAAGAGAAAGACGUGCAUUCGACAAUAUACGGAGGUGUAUCAGCACGGUUGGCUACGUACGUUGCGAAAGAAGUUCAACAUAUGUAGUGAUGCACUUCACAGACAAUAGAAUGGGAGGCACUCUGUUGAUCAAGGCCCUCUCAGGCACAGGGAAUAACUAUGCUGGGCAAGGACAGCAACAGGCUGCCUGAGCAGCAACGCUGAAGAUCUUCUUGGUUCUUUCGGUAAAGUCACGUA